GGUGCCAUUGGUUUGAGGUCAUGCUGGUUUGCUAGUGAGUUCUAGGCCACCUAGAGCUAUCUAAGACACUUUGUCUCUCAGUACCUUGGGACACUCCGGGUUCACUGCCCCUGGCUGGGUCCCGGUCUCUGAUGACAGUCUGGUCCCUGCCCAUCCUCACUCUCAGGCCGUACCCACCUCCUCACCUUCCAAGAGACUGUGGAUUCUGGACCUGGCAACCUGGCUCCCCCUUCAGGCUUUCUAGACUGGGACCCCAGCACCCAUGUGGCCUUUUCAGACAGCCCUUGCCCAUACUCGGCUGCUGAAGGCUUCCUGACACCUGAUUUCUACCCUCCGUCAGACCCCGGGCGCUCCGGCCCAUUUCCCCUGGGGAUGGAGGACUCUCUGGAUGCCCGGCUGUAUUCAGAAGCCUCCCUGUCACAAGUAGGGUCCUGGAGAGUCUCUAACCUCCCCUCGGGAUCCCCACAGUUGCCUCCACCCACUGGCCCCUCCCUGGAGACAGCCCGAGCUCAUAUAUUGGCUUUGGGGCCACAACAGCUCCUGGCCCAGGAUGAGGAAGGAGACACGCUCUUGCACCUGUUUGCCGCUCGGGGUCUGCGCUGGGCAGCGUACGCUGCUGCAGAGGUGUUACAGAUGUACCGACAGCUGGAUAUUCGAGAGCAUAAAGGCAAGGAGAUCAAGAGCAACAAGACCAUUCUGCACUUGGCCGUACAGGCUGCUAACCCCACCCUGGUUCAGUUGCUGCUGGGGCUGCCGAGGGGGGACCUGCGAGCCUUUGUCAAUAUGAAGGCCCAUGGGAACACAGCCCUGCACAUGGCAGCUGCCCUGCCCCCUGGGCCACCCCAGGAGGCCAUUGUGAGGCAUCUGCUGGCAGCUGGAGCAGACCCAACGCUUCGCAACCUAGAGAACGAGCAGCCCGUUCACUUGCUGCGACCUGGGCCGGGCCCUGAGGGGCUCCGGCAGCUGUUGAAGAGGAGCCGUGCGGCACCCCCAGGCUUGUCCUCUUAGGACUGAAAUCCAGAACCUGGACUGAUUUUCCAGUCCCCACCGUCCCGUGAGACAGCCAGCGUAUGCUCAUGUCGCAGAUUCAUGAUAAUAUAAUGUGGAAUAUCCUGCCAUUAGGGUCUUACAUUAAAACCCCAAAGUGGCACUGGGGGAGGUGAGCAGUCCCCAAUAUUUGGGGUCUUGUGAUUCCUCUUCCCCCUACAAGGGGCUGUUUAGAUGAUUUCUGUGAAAUCGAGCCCACUUGACUGUUUCUGUGAAACGCCCUAGAAACCGCUCUCUCCUACUUGGAUCAGCCAUGAUCACCUCCCCAGACUCUGUCUUACACUCCCAGAAACUCCAAUGGAGCCUCCGUGGGAUUUGAGGCAUCCCAGGACAAUCCCACCAGGGCUCUUCCCCAGGACCCACACCCCUGAGAUGUCAGAAAGGCCCUCUGAGAUUAGCGUGCCCUGAGACCUGGCUGCAUUGUCAUUUUGAACUCGGUGUCCCAGACCCUAGCCUUCCCUGUGAGUUGUUGUUCUCUGUCUAUGUAUCACUGUAGCUCCCCAUUAAACUCGAUUUGGCCUCAA